AUGUUUUCCAUAAGCUCAACCUCAAGCUCAAAUUCUUCUGAUUCAGAUCAAUAUGCGGAAUUUGAUAAUCUAGUUGACGAAUUUGUCACAAAUCACUUACCUAACAUAAUGCUUCCUCAACCACCUCCAUCCGAGAUCGAAAUUGUAAAUGAAGAUGAAACCGUCCCGCAGCGUAGGGGAGAUAGAGGAAGGGAGAAAGGGCAUUUGCAAUUGUACAAUGAUUACUUCGCAAUAAAUUUUGUGUAUUCCGAAAAUCAGUUUCGUCGUCGAUUUCGAAUGCACAAACCUUUAUUCUGUCGGAUUAUGAAUAAAGUGGUUGAGGGCGAUCCGUUCUUCCAGCAGCGUAGGAAUGCAGCUGGUAGGCUUGGCUUAUCACCUCUGCAGAAAUGCACCGCUGCAAUAAGAAUGUUAGCGUACGGUGUUGCUCCGAAUGCCGUAGAUGAUUACAUACGCAUGGGUCAAACAACAUCUAGAAAAUCAAUGCAACAUUUUACUCAAGGGGUGAUCAAGCAUUUUGAGGCCGACAUCGACUGCAUGCACUGGGAGUGGAAGAAUUGUCCUAUGGCUUGGAAAGCACAAUACGCAGGUCGUAGCAAGAACGCAACCCUUAUCCUCGAAGCUGUUGCGGAUCAAGAUUUAUGGAUUUGGCAUGCAUUUUUUGGAAUACCCGGCUCUUGUAAUGAUCUUAACGUCCUAUACCGCUCUCCGGUGUUUGACGAUGUUUUGAAAGGUCGAGCACCACCAAUUAGUUUUAUGGUAAACGGCCAUGAGUACAACAUGGGAUACUACUUAACAGAUGGUAUAUAUCCGAACUGGGCAACAUUUAUACAAGGUAUCACAUAUCCUCAACCCCAGAAGGACAAGUUAUUUGCAGAUAAACAAGCUGCAGCUCGGAAAGACGUUGAACGUGCGUUUGGAGUUCUACAGGCUAGGUUUGCCAUAUUACGACAACCCUCACUUGCUUUCGACGAAGAAAUUUUGAGCGAUAUAAUGAAAGCUUGUAUCAUUAUACACAACAUGAUUGUCGAGGAUGAACGACACAAUUACACUCGUGCCGAAGUUUUGAGAAGGUAUUAUGAAGAAGAUCGCCCUCAGCUUCAUAGAGCAAGGUCCGGUCCGAGUACAAGUGCCACAGUGGAUAACAACGAGCCUUUCGAAUUUGACGUUGGCCGACCACCAAACGUUGAUUUUGACGCGUAUAUUCAAAGAAGAAUUACCCUGCGUGAUAGCCAAACCCAUUUUUCUUUGAAAGAUGAUUUAGUUGAGCAUAUUUGGCAAAAAUACGGUGGUACAAAUGAAUAA